UACAAGGCAGCUGGCUGGAGGCUGUUUAUUUUUGUCAAUGCUAGCGUCAUGGCUAAUGUGUUCAUACGAUAAAAUAGACCGUUUCUGAAGUAUUCUUUGUCCACUGUUUUUUCUUUUUAAGAUGAAGGCUGCGGUUUUACUUCAGACUGUUGUCUUUGUGUUGUUUUUGCUAAAAAGCCAGGUGACUGCGAAGAAUUCCGAAGACAUCCGUUGUAAAUGCAUCUGUCCACCAUACAGAGACAUCGAAGGACAGAUCUACAAGCAGAAUGUGUCUCUCAAAGACUGUAACUGUCUCCAUGUUGUGGAGCCAAUGCCAGUUGAUGGAAAAGAUGUGGAGGCCUACUGUUUACGUUGUGAGUGUAAAUAUGAAGAGAGAAGCUCAGGCACUAUUAAGGUCACCAUCAUAAUUUACCUGUCCAUUUUGGGCCUGCUGCUCCUCUACAUGGUCUACUUGACUCUCUUGGAACCCAUGUUGAAAAGACGACUGUUUGGACACUCACAGCUCAUCCAAAGCGAAGAUGAUGUUGGGGACCAGCAGCCGUUUGCAAACGCUCACAACGUCCUGUCUCGUUCACACUCGCGACCAAACAUGCUGAACAAAGUGGAACACGCCCAGCAGCGCUGGAGAAGGCAGGUCCAGGAACAGAGAAAGUCUGUGUUUGAUCGCCAUGUUGUUCUCAGUUAAAGGUGGAUUGGACAAAAAGCAACAACAACAAAAACGCAUACUGUGACAAAACCUGUGAUGUGUAUCUCUUCCCUGAUCUCAUUUGUGGUUUAUAACUCCUUAAGUGUAGAGCAGAAGUAGAUCAAAACUGACAGCACAAGAGAUUACAUUGAUUUUUAUUAUUAUUAUUAUUAUUGCACUGUGUUCAAUAAGUCAGAAGCAGAAUGAAAACUCAUGCACAGAUGUGCCAAUUCUGCAGGGCAUAUAUCAUGAAAAUAUGAUGUUAGAGACUAAUAAAUUCCAGAUAAAAACCCUACAAGACAAUGUUUUAAACCCUACAAGACAAUGUUUUGUUAUAUCUGCUCCUCCAGCACCAGUAUGGAUCAAAACUGGGUCGCACCCUUUUACACACUAAACUGAUGCUGAUCUAAAAUCCUUUUUUUUUUUGUGCAAGGCGUAAAAAUUAAUAUAACUGACAAUUUCACUCAAAUCAGUGCUGGUAGAUGUGCAGUUUUUGGAAAUCUCACGUUGUAUACAAUAUGUGCUAUUAAUCUUCUGAUGACUUUUUAAAACAUGUUUUUAUUGUAUUCCCCCUUCACCCACUCGAGCAUAUAGGGCACGUGUCAAACUUAUGCACUGGAAGGCCGAGACGCUGCAGGUUUUCUCUCCAACCAGUUUCUUCAGCAGGUGAUUUAAUUGAUGAGCUCCUUCCCUCAAACUGAAGGUGUUGAUCAUUAAAAUCACCUGCUUUAGUGACUGGAUGGAAAGAAAAUCUGCAGUGGCUCGGCCCUCCAUGGCACGAGUUUGACACCCCUGAUAUAGGGGAAAGAAAGUUCAUCAAUAACAACGAGAGAGAAAGAUGUUGAUUUAAUAAAACGCUAAUUAAUUUAACUACCAUUAUCAAUGUCCCAAGUAACAUUUGUUGUUGAAUAGUACUCCAUCCCUGGUGCACUACACUGAAGUUAUUGUCAUGACGGAGUUCGAGAGGCCCGUGGAAGUGUUCUCACUUAGCAUUGUAUUUGUGCUACCUUUUAACUUUGGAAUAAAGUGGUGUAAUAUUUGUGA